CCGCCCGACUCCAAGAUGGCGCCCUCGGCUGCUGCCAGCUGCCAAGAUGGCGAUGCGGGACCGCGCUCGCGCUCCCGGUCUCUCCUCCCCCAGCCUUCCUCCGCCGGGGAGCGCGACUCGCGUCGCUGUGCGCCUGUUGCCCUUCGGCCUGGGUGUACGGGCCGGUGCCCGCCCCGCACCAUGCGGCUCCUAGGCUGGUGGCAGGUUCUGCUGUGGGUGCUGGGGUCUCCUGCCCGCGCCGAGGAGAUUGCAGAGAAAAGAAGUCACUUAUGGUCAGAGGAGCAGCCUGCUUACCCAUUCCAGGUGGGGGCUGUGUACAUGAGUGAGGAGGUGCCUUCCCCUGACCCAGUGGGCCAGGACCCGUCUGCAGAAGAGACGGAGGCAGUGCUGGGGCUGGAUGCUGAUGGCAACCACAUGGUGAUGUUGUCGGUGAUUCCCGGGGAAGUCGAGGACAAGCUGAGCCCAGAGUCCGGCAGCGGCACCUGCGGGGCCGGAGGGGAGGAGGACUCGAGGUGCAACCUCCGGGAGAGGCUCUUCUCCCUGGACAGAGCUGGAGCAAGCUUCUCGGAGAGAGAAGAGGAGUACUACACUGAGCCUGACGUGGCAGAAUCCGACCCCACCCCAACUGAGGACGCCAACACCACCGAAAGCCUGAAAUCCCCAAAGGUCAACUGUGAGGAGAGAAAUGUGACAGGAUUAGAAAAUUUCACUCUGAAAAUUUUAAAUAUGUCACAGGACCUUAUGGAUUUUCUCAACCCAAACGGUAGUGACUGCACUCUAGUCCUGUUUUACACCCCUUGGUGCCGAUUUUCUGCCAGUUUGGCCCCUCAUUUUAAUUCUCUGCCCCGGGCGUUUCCAGCUCUUCACUUUUUGGCACUGGAUGCCUCUCAGCACAGCAGCCUUUCUACAAGGUUUGGCACUGUGGCUGUUCCUAACAUCUUGUUGUUUCAAGGGGCUAAACCGAUGGCUAGAUUUAAUCAUACAGACCGAACGUUGGAAACGCUGAAAAUCUUCAUUUUUAACCAGACAGGUAUAGAAGCCAAGAAAAAUGUGGUGGUAACUCAAGCUGACCAAAUAGGCCCUCUUCCCAGCACUCUGAUAAAAAGUGUGGACUGGUUGCUUGUAUUUUCCUUAUUCUUUUUAAUCAGUUUUAUUAUGUACGCUACCAUUCGAACUGAGAGUAUUCGGUGGCUGAUUCCGGGACAAGAGCAGGAACAUGUGGAGUAGUGAUAAACUCAAAGGACAGUUGGGAAGAAUUUCAAUCCUUCAUUUCAGAGACUAAUGCUGCAAUUUCAUGUAUUUUCUCCAGUGAAGUGUUGACUUACAACUUUAGUCAGAUUGAAGGAAUCAUGUGUUUGCUGAACUGUUGAAUGUGUAAAAAAAAUUAUAAACUGAUCUUUUAACUAGUCCUAUAAUAAGCAAAUGCAAACAUAUUCAGUAGAAUUCACCAUUCUUGUUUUUACUACUUGAACAUUUUAAGGGACUAAUCCAAUUUGACAUGUGAAGAUGUAUUCUGGUGGAGUAAUGAACAGAGUGACAGUAUGCUUACUUAGGCAGAAAAAAGACUUUCAGAUUGUAGAUUUAGAAAACUGUUGAUUUCUUGUAUACAUCUAAGGAAGUUGAUUUUCUGUUCAUUUGUCUUUUCUCUCCCAGAAUCAGUAAGCAGGAAAAUGUUCUUCUAUGGAAAGAAUAAUUAGGAUCAAUAAGUGUGACCUUACAAGUAGCAGCUGAUGGGAAAAUAAAGAGUCGGAUACUA